AGUCGUCUUCCACGAGUAUGGAACCUUCUACUAGUUCCGCAGUCAUAGGUAAUGCUAAGGUACAACCUAAGCGCGUCAUCAUUGGACUUGAUUGGCUACGGCGGGAUCUGGAGAUUGUUCGGGCCGAUUGAUGAUCCGCCUAUAUUUUUUUUGUAUGUACUAAAUUAAAUCAAUUUCUCUCCAAAGCAACUGCAGCUGAACACAAGAAAAUCCUCUGUCCUAGCCACCCACAAUGCCUCGAGAAUACUCUAGAUCGCAGUCGCCCGUCUCCCGACCCGCAGGCGACAGACAUUAUCGGGACCGCAGCGAAAACCCCAAACGCAAACAUACCUCCGACGAAGCAUCGCACCAGCCCUCCAGAAAGAAGGUUCAGCUCCCGAAAAAGGAACACCAGUACCCUUCCAUCAACGAGUUGAAGAAGCGCAUUCGCGAUGUCAAACGGCUCUUGAAUCGGGUAGAUCUGCCCGCAGAUGCGCGGAUCGUGCAGGAGCGUGCUCUCGCUGGGUAUGAGAACGACUUGGAGGAAGAGAAUAAUCGCCGGGAACGGUCGAAGAUGAUUAAGAAGUAUCAUUUCGUUCGGUUCUUGGACCGCAAAACCGCUUCUAAAGACGUCAAGCGGCUCGAACGCCGUGAGAAAGAGAUUUCGAGCUCCGAUUUAGACUCCGCAGCCAAAGAGAAGAAACUCUCUGAUCUUGCGCAAAAGCUUCACGUCGCCCGCGUCAAUCUGAACUAUCCCAUCUACUACCCUCUGUCCGAGAGAUAUGUCGCCCUGUACGCUGAGGCGAAGAAGAACAAGGAUCAAGUCAAGGAUGGAAACAACGAUGAAGAUGGCAAAACAGGUUAUACGCUUGUCCAUGCGACUGCCGCUGAGAAACCGGCUAUGUGGUACACCGUGGAGAAGUGUAUGAAGGACGGAACUCUCGAACUUCUCCGCGACGGAAAAUUGACCGCCGGCGAUAAGAGCGGGAGAUCCGGUACUGAAGCGAAGAAGAAAACUGGCGAGGACAAGGAGAGGGCCGUUACCCGUGGUUCCGCGCAACACAAAGACACCCUCACAAAGACCAGCGUCAAGCCGCAGUGGGAGGACAGGGAAGGAAAGAACUCAAGAGGAGCCACUUUCAGAGACGAAGGUCGCAAAUCUAAGGUACACCAAAGCUCAGCCGAUAACGACGAAGAUGAGAGCGAUGGGGGAUUUUUUGAGAUGUGAUUUGUGGAGGGAUAUCGGUAUAUCAGUUAUUGUGCAUUUUCAGGAGUUGGUUUUAUCGGCUUUUCUAUCUUCCCCACCCUUCAAGUUGUCUUUUCAAAAAGCGUCUUUUAUACUAUCGUAUACGAUACCCAGAAUCAAGACUGGCUUGGUCAGCCAU